AUGUCUGACAAGCAGCCAGGCCAAGCCUCCCGAAGGAAGCCGUCCACCAACAAGAACAUCAAGAAGCUCCGCACCAUGAGCAUGGUGUGUAGCCUUACUAGCGGCUGGCAGCAAUGGGUGACGGAGAACGAGACAAAGCAGGCCACUGAACCCAGCGGCUGGUCUCCGUCUUCCCUGGGGGGACCAACAGAGGAACGCAAGAUGAAAUGGGCCCCAAAGAAACCUCCUGAACCUCAGAGCCAAGCAACGGAAAACACUCAAAAUAAUGUUGUCAGUUCUGGAGAGGCUCAAAAGACACUUGUUCCCAUGAAAGAGACCCAAAGUGCAUCCAAGACGGAGGAGGUUAAGGAUUCAACCGAGUCAGUGGUCGCACCUCGCAUCAAGGUCAAACAAGUGGUGAAAACUGUGACUAGCGGGGUUCAGGAGAAAGGGGUGGGCAUCGGGCACCUAGCCGAGAAGCUUAAGAGGGAGUCCCUGCCGUCAGACGAGGAGAUCGACAGGCUUCUGAAGAAGAGAAACUCGCCCACGCGCCGCAGAAAAUGCUCCAACAUGGUUUCGUCUCUGACCAAAAGCUGGAAGCAGGUGGAGGACGAGCAGAAGACUGGAGGUGGAGAGGACACAGAGGAGAAGGUGGACAUAGAGGAGGCUCAAACAAACAGGACGAGCCGAUUGAAAGAAGACAAUGAAGGAGACUCUGAGUCAGCCGUGACAAUUAAAAGACCCAUGGCCCCAGCGUACAAAAAGGAAGCUGAGGAUGCCAACAAGAUCAACGCCCUCUCCAAGAAACACAGCGCUGUGGGAAACCUCAAGAGCCGCUGGCAGACCUGGGCCUCGGAUCACACCGUCAACCAGAAACUGAAUCCUUUCAGUGAAUAUUUCGACUACGAUUACUCCAUGUCACUCCGUCUCCAAAAGGGCCAAGAUGGUUACGGGCGUCCCAAAGAGGGAACCCAAACGGCGGAGAGAGCCAAACGAGCCGAGCAGCACAUCCACCGCGAGAUAGACGACAUGUGCUACGUGAUCAGAAUGAUGGCGGACCCGGACCCGGACAGAAAGACACGGGUCACGUUCGGGCAGCUGUUUGAUAGAUACGUUCGGAUCUCUGAUAAGGUGGUUGGGAUCCUGAUGAGAGCGAGGAAACACGGGAAGGUGGCUUUUGAAGGGGAGAUGCUGUGGCAGGGCCAGGAUGACGGAGCGAUCAUUACUCUGCUGGUGUGAUGUUAACACCUGGGGUCAAAGGGGCUCUGGAAAUCCUCUUACAGCUAUUUGGCUUGAACAGUGGACCAUGAGAUAAAACCUUCAUCGUUAUGAAGACAAUCUAAGAGGGGGAUUUAAAAUACAGUUUGACCAGGGUCUUUUCAUUGGACACUGCAAAACACUUCCUGAAGGAACAAGGAUACUUCAAAGCCUGGAAACUGGCCCAUUGUUGAGUAAAGGGUAAAGGGUCUUACACUUGAACUGAUGACUUUCUAUUAGAAUAAUUAGAAAUACCAAAAUAAAAGUAAGACCUGGUUACGUAAGCAUUCUAAAAACAUUAAAGCUCCUGUUUUAGACUCUCGGUUUGCAUUGAUUUCAGCGCCCUCUAUCUGGCAAAGUGUCAUCGAAGUGGUACCUUCUAUCUCUUGAUAUUGCUAUUGCUGAUCUUGAAAUGUAUUUUUAAGUCAUCUGAUGAUGAAUCCUGUUCUUUUAACAAUC